CUUUAGAUAUUUUCAAUAUAUUAUGAUGAUAUCCAACAGGAGCGAGGAUUUGUUCUCCAUUCUACCGAUGUUGUUCAGUGAUGAGAGUGAUCUUGGUUUGGAUCAUGUACAGCUACAGCAUCUUGUGAAUGGAUACAAGCAGCUACAGAAGGCCAAACUACUCACUAGACAAACGACCAACCAGGCUUUGUCCAUCUUGGACUUUGUGAUGCGUGGGCUGGUCAGGAGAGGAGAGGACGGUCAGGAAGCGAGAAAAAUGACCCCUUCAGAGAUUGACUUAGGUCAAAGGUUACUUGAGCUGGCAUUCCAGCUCGGAGUCCAGACGAACAGCUUGAUUGAUUGCCUGUUGAAGACCACACCCGUCGUCAGCUCAACACGAACUCUGACCUCUAGGUUGUCUGCCUCCCAGACCAGCCUGGGUGUUCUAUUCCUGACGACGUACAAGCAGCCAAUCAUGGACCAGCUUGUUAAGCAUGGACAGGACACUGUGUAUGAACUGAGCGAUCGGGUUAGAGAGGAUAGAGGGACUAUAGGGAUGAUCAUCUAUGGCUUGCUGGAGCAUGCUGUGGGGAACAGAGAGAUCAGGAAGAGAUACGGUAUGGCUAUUUACAGUGCUGUCCUGACUCAGUGGGAAACCCUAUCAAACCUGGGACAAGAAGAUGACUUCAUGCUCAAUCUGAUGAAGAAAGUUCUCCAGAUUGAUUUCAAGUUUGCCACAGACCCAACCCACCUUGCAUUCUGUCCAGUCUUCAACCAGUACCUGAGCAUGCUAAGAGACCCCAAGAAGCCUCUUGCCUGGAAGACUCAAGUUCUUGAUGUCCUCUACUUCUUUGCUAAUGUACCGGAGAAAGAAGAGAAGGAACUCAAAUCUGCUCUGGACCUUCUUGUUGCGAACCACUUUCCCCUCAAGUCUACAGACCUUGACGCAGGAAGCCCCCGCUAUAAUGACUAUAUCAUGGCACUCAACAAGGUAAAAUAGAAUAUUUGUGCAUUAUCUGCAAUGCAGAUUUUUACAAUGGACUAUUUUAUACAUUCUGCAUU